CGCGUUGCACUAACAUUCUGAGAGAGCCUGUGUGCUUAGGAGGAUGUGAGCACAUCUUCUGUAGUAAUUGUGUAAGUGACUGCAUUGGAACUGGAUGUCCAGUGUGUUACACCCCAGCCUGGAUACAAGACGUGAAGAUAAAUAGACAACUGGACAGCAUGAUUCAACUUUGUAGUAAGCUUCGAAAUUUGCUACAUGACAAUAAGCUCUCAGAUUUGAAAGAAGAUGACCCUAGGAGAAGUUUGUUUAAUGAUGCAGAAAACAAGAAGAAUUCAAUUAAAAUGUGGUUUAGCCCUCGAAGUAAGAAAGUCAGAUAUGUUGUGAGUAAAAUUUCAGUGCGAACCCAGCCUGAAAUAAAAAAAGAUGCAAAUGCUCAGCAAGACUCCUAUGAAUUUGUUUCCACAAGUCCUCCUGCAGAUGUUUCUGAGAGGGCUAAAAAGUCUUCUGCAAGAUCCAGAAAAAAGCAAAAAAAGAAAACUUUAGCUGAAAUCAACCAAAAGUGGAAUUUAGAGGCAGAAAAAGAAGAUGGUCAAUUUGACUCCAAAGAGGAAUCAAAGCAAAAGCUGGUAUCUUUCUGUAGCCAACCAUCCGUUAUCUCCAGUCCUCAGAUAAAUGGUGAAAUAGACUUACUAGCAAGUGGCUCCUUGACAGAAUCUGAAUGUUUUGAAAGUUUAACUGAAGUCUCUUUACCAUUGGCUGAGCAAAUAGAGUCUCCGGACACUAAGAGCAGGAAUGAAGUAGUGACUCCUGAGAAGGUCUGCAAAAAUUAUCUUACAUCUAAGAAAUCUUGGCCAUUAGAAAAUAAUGGAAAACGUGGCCAUCACAAUAGACUUUCUAGUCCCAUUUCUAAGAGAUGUAGAACCAGCAUUCUGAGCACCAGUGGAGAUUUUGUUAAGCAAGCGAUGCCCUCAGAAAAUACACCAUUGCCUGAAUGUUCUUCACCACCGUCAUGCAAACGUAAAGUUGGUGGUACAUCAGGGAGGAAAAACAGUAACUUGUCAGAUGAAUUCAUUAGUCUUUCUCCAGGUACACCACCUUCUACAUUAAAUAGUUCAAGUUACAGACGAGUGAUGUCUAGCCCCUCGGCAAUGAAGCUGUUGCCCAAUAUGGCUGUGAAAAGAAAUCAUAGAGGAGAGACUUUGCUCCACAUUGCUUCUAUUAAGGGUGACAUACCUUCUGUUGAAUACCUUUUACAAAAUGGAAGUGAUCCAAAUGUUAAAGACCAUGCUGGAUGGACACCAUUGCAUGAAGCUUGCAGUCAUGGGCACCUGAAGGUAGUGGAAUUAUUGCUCCAGCAUAAGGCAUUGGUAAACACCACUGGGUAUCAAAAUGACUCACCACUUCACGAUGCAGCCAAGAAUGGGCACAUGGAUAUAGUCAAGCUGUUACUUUCCUAUGGAGCCUCCAGAAAUGCUGUUAACAUAUUUGGUCUGCGGCCUGUGGAUUAUACAGACGAUGAAAAUAUGAAAUCACUAUUGCUGCUACCAGAGAAGAAUGAAUCAUCCACAACUAGCCAUUGCUCGGUAAUGAACACUGGGCAGCGUAGGGAUGGACCUCUUGUACUUAUAGGCAGUGGGCUCUCUUCAGAACAACAGAAGAUGCUCAGUGAACUUGCAGCAAUUCUUAAGGCUAAAAAAUGUACUGAGUUUGACAGUACAGUAACUCAUGUUGUUGUUCCUGGUGAUGCAGUUCAAAGUACUUUGAAGUGUAUGCUUGGGAUUCUCAAUGGAUGCUGGAUUCUAAAAUUUGAAUGGGUAAAAGCAUGUCUACGAAGAAAAGUAUGUGAACAGGAAGAAAAGUAUGAAAUUCCUGAAGGUCCACACAGAAGCAGGCUCAACAGAGAACAGCUGUUGCCAAAGCUAUUUGAUGGAUGCUACUUCUAUUUGGGGGGAUCUUUCAAACACCAUCCAAAGGACAACCUUAUUAAGCUCGUCACUGCAGGUGGGGGCCAGAUCCUCAGUAGAAAGCCCAAGCCAGACAGUGACGUGACUCAGACCAUCAAUACAGUCGCAUACCAUGCAAGGCCCGAUUCUGAUCAGCGCUUCUGCACGCAGUAUAUCAUCUAUGAGGAUUUGUCUAAUUAUCACCCAGAGAGGGUUCGGCAGGGCAAAGUCUGGAAGGCUCCUUCAAGCUGGUUUAUAGACUGUGUGAUGUCCUUUGAGUUGCUUCCUCUUGACAGCUGAAUAUUAUACCAGAUGAACAUUUCAAAUUGAACUUGCACGGUUUGUGAGAGCCCAGUCAUUGUACUGUUUUUAAUUUUUCACAUUUUUACAAAUAGGUAGAGUCAUUCAUAUUUGUCUUUGAAUCAAAAAAAAAAAAAAAAAAAAAAAGGUCUAAUGCCAGAUUAGGAAUUCAUGUUGUGUUUACCGUUUAGAUGCUGGGAUUGCUUUUAAAGGUUUUUCUUUUUAAAAUUGGCAUGUUUUUUGAUUCAUCAUGUCUUUCUAUUCAGAUUAUUGAGUAUCAGAGAUUAAUGAGAGGACACCAGAAUCCUGGUUAAAUAGACAAGUGGUAUCAUUACUGUUUGAGUCUUUGAAUAUUCUUUAAUAAAAUCCAUACCUGCUACCAGUGAAAAAACUUGCCAUUUUUUUUAAGUAAACAGAGAAUAUUAUCAAAUAUUUUGGCUUUAUUGCAAAGAGAGUAUUUGGUCUAAAUAUACCAACCACCUUAGGUGUUUAAUUCUCCUAUCUGCAAUUGUCUUUAUCCUAUAUUGUGUUUAUUUCUUUUCUUGUAAUUUACUUUGUUGUCUGUUUUUACACUUUUAUCUCUUCUUUAUGUUGUAUAUUCAUCAGGAAAUCGUGAUUUAAUCUUUAACAUUUUUUUUUGUGGUAAAAAUCAACACUAGGCUCAUGGUACAUAUUUUUAUUCUGUACAUUUGCUUAUAACUAUCAACAUAUAACUCUGUUUAUCUACUACAUAUGUAUAUAUACUUAGAGCAUUUUCUCUAACACAUUUUAAUAUCAGUAUUUUUUUUAAGAAGUCUGACCAAUCUAGCACAUUGUCAGUCCAACGUCAUUACUUUAAAUUAAAAAGCAGUCUUCUUCUGGUAAACCUUGUUGGUAUUUGCAAAAUAAUUUUGAAGGUCUUAAUUUCUUCCUUUGUAAAGUUUUUAAAAGUGUUAAGGUUGGCAUAGAGGCAGAAGUUGGUGAUUACUUGAUUUACAACAGAUUUUUUCCAGAUCAUACAAAAGGCCAUACAGUAAGUGUAGAAGUAGGCAUGGGGAGGGCUUACUAGUAUCAAACAGGCAAGGCCUCAGUGAGUGGGCGGGAUACCACCGGAGAGUGGCCAGACCUGGGGAGGUUACUCUGCUCUGUGUGCUCUCAUUCCCGAAUCGACAAGGAUACAUUCGAUUAUUUUGAAACAUUUUUUUAAGAAGCAGAAUUCUUUAAUAAUUCCUUCCUAGACAUUGAAUAUACUUAUAAAAUUAAAGACUUGGCGAAGGAGACACUGAGAGAGCUGCCAGUUUGGUUCCUCAUGAACAAAAGAGGACAGUUGGAUAACAACUGGAAUAGAAUAUCCCUAGUUUUAAAAUACUGCGAAUCUCUGAAGUUCAUCAACAUCUUAAGAUGCACUUACUUGAAAGUUUGAGAUUCUGUUUAUCAUUUGAAAAUACAUUUUGCUUUAAUUCUUUCUUUGACAUGUUGUUUUUUUGGUAUCAAGAAAUAUAUUGUAUGAACAAAAUAACCUUUUGACCCUGACCUUGCUGGGUGAAUUAGCUCUGAAACACUCUGCAACCAGUAAUGCAUUUGUCCCACAUUUCAUUCUGAUGGAAAAUGAUGAACACCAUAGCACCAAACAAAAAUCCGAGGGGUUAGAUAAUGUCUGGAUUAAAUAAUUUAAGACUCUCUGGGAUUUUGGUUGUCAUUUUUUAUUUAUAGCUGACUUCAAGUCACUUUGUAUUGCCUCAUAGGUCACAUUUUAGACAGGUUUGUGUCUGUUCCUUGCAUCUGAAUUCCUGUUUGUAAAGAUACCUUUGAGGUCUCUUGCUCAGUUUUUGUCAUUCAUUUUCUUGGUUUAUCACCCCUCUCUUCUUUUUGUUGUUUUUCCCUGACUGUUAAGCAGUUUCAUCUUUGUUUUGUUAAAUAUUUAUUUUGACAGCAGUUAGUUUGUGUUAAGCUCUUGAAACUUGUGAUUGUACACUCUGUGUAGAUAUGUAUGUAAUUUUUAUUUUUCAAUCAUAGAUUCAAGCUUCCUUCUUAUUUACCAUAAAUCAUUAAAAUUAUUUGUGUUUCCAUA